AUGAACAAGUACUUCCCAGGAAUCGGCCGCAUCGAGUACCGGCCCGAUGCCGGUCCCGAGGACACCAUGGUGUUCCGGCACUACAACCCCAAUGAAACCGUCCAUGGCCGCACCAUGGAGGAGUGGAUGAAGUUCUCCGUCUGCUACUUCAACACCUUCAGGUACUUGGGCUCGGACGACCACUACGGCGAGCGUGCGCACCAGCACCAGUGGGAGGACGGCUCUCGCUCCCUCGACAAUUACAAGCGCCGAAUGAUGGCCGCCUUUGAGCUCUUCCACAAGCUCAAUGUCAAAUAUUACUCGGUGAGCGACCGCGACAUGGCACCGGAAGGCGACAGCUUCGACGAGACCAACCGCUACCUGGACGAGAUGGUGACCCUCGCAUGCGACCUGCAGAGGCAGAUCGGUGUCCGUCCAAUGUACUUCGCCGCUGACCUGUUUUCUCACCCUCGCUACAUGAACGGCGCUGGCUCCAACCCCGACGCCCACGUGUUCGCGUACGCCUGCGCCCAGGUCAAGCGCAGCAUGGACGCCGCCAAGCGCUUGAACGCCGAGAACUUCGUGUUCUUCAACCCCCGCGACGGCUACCAGAGCGUCCUGCAACGCCAGUUCUUCCGCGACAUGUCCCACAUGGCGCAGCUGUACCGCAUGGCGGCGCAGUACAGGGACAAGAUCGGCUUCAGGGGCCAGCUGCUGAUCCAGCCUAAGCCAGCCGACCCUCGCCGUCACCAGUACGAGUCCGACGCCAUGUCCACCAUGCACAUGCUGCGCCACUUCGGCCUCGACAAGCACUACAAGCUGUACAUCAAGCCCGCCUUCUCUCGCCUCAUGAGCCGCCCCUACGAGCACGACGUCUACAUGGCCGCCGCAUACAACAUGCUCGGCUGCGUCGAUGCCUCCGACAGCUGGCCAGAGGUGCGAGGAACGUCAGAUCUGUGCGCCCGCAACGUCCGUGACGCCACGUACGUCAUGAAGUGCGUCUUGGAACAGAGUGGUCUACAGGGCGGUGGCUUCAUCCUGGGCGGGCGCGCGCGUCGCGAGUCCACCGAGCCCCGAGACCUGUUCCACGGCCACAUCAUGGCCAUGGACACCUUCGCCCGCGCCCUCAGGAACGCCGCCCGCAUGAUCUCCGACGGAUCCUUCAGCCGCAGCAUCCAGCAGCGCUACUCCUCCUACAAGUCCGGCCUCGGCGAGCGCAUCGAGAAGGGCGCCGCGUCCUUCGAGGAGUGCGAGGACUACGUCCGCAAGUGCGGCGAGCCCCAGCCACAGUCCAGCCGCCACGAGCAUUUCGAGAACAUGUUCAAUUACUAUAUUUUCCCAGCACGCCAAUAG